UUGACGAGCACAAGUAGGGUGUGUUGACUGACAAAUGGUUAGAUAAGGAGGAUAUCCCACGUUUGUAUCGUCUAUAUAUACCAUGACCUGGGGAAGGCGGAAAGGGUUGAGGGAGAUAGUAUAUCUUUGGUGUCUUUCUUAUACCUAGUUUUUUCUAACCCUUAGCCAAUCAAUCGGUUUUCGAUCGCCAGUUGCUUUUUGACGAUGAGUUCACCUUCCCAACUCCCAGUGGUGGGGCAAGAUAGAGCCCAAUGGGCAUCAUUAUCUACCGAGUCUCCUUCGUACUUGCUUCUUGUCUGUAUAUUGGCUGCGAUGUUGGUAUAUUCAUGGAAUUUGUCGAAUGACACCAUGAAGGGGACCCCUUAUGUCAACCCAGCUGGCUUCUUCUCUAGUGCUAGAGCAAAGAGAAAAUUCUUGGCUUCCGGCGAGAGUCUAGCAGCUCAAGCCAGGGAGAAGUUGCGAGAUAACCAAAUUUGUCGUAUUAUGACGGACGUGGGUGAAAGACUUGUCUUGUCGCCUGACUUCAUCGAGGAAAUCCACAAUAAGUCCGACAUGUCGUUUCUGGGGGCUUUCGGGAAGGAUUAUCAUUACCAGAUACCAGGGUAUGAACCCAUCCACCUGGCCACUGAGAGUGAUCUGCUCUUGAGCACUAUUAAGAAGCACUUGAUGAAGAUGCAACCCAAUUGGCAUGAGAUGGAUUUACUGCCCAUACUGGUAGAUAUAGUCUCUCGCCUAACGUCACGCGUCCUCUUGGGCGAGGAGCUUUGCCGAAACGAUGAUUGGAUCCGUGUCACUAAGGAGUAUUUGUAUGGUUGGUUCUUCGAGUCACCGAAAUUGCACGUAUGGCCGCGGCCUCUCCAUAGACUUGUGCACUGGAUGUUACCGGGGUUCAAGGCACUUCGUGCUCAGCUCCAAGAAUCACGCCGGCUGCUGACCCCAACUAUGACUAAGCGUCAAGAGAUGAAACAAGCUGCGCUCGCGGCUGGCGUCGAGGUACCCAAAUUUGAUGAUGCUUUUGAGUGGUUGGAAGAUGAAGCGGCUGCUCGGGGUCUGGUCUAUGACGAGGCUCUGGUAGCGAAUUUUGGUAUAACUGUAUCCCUUUUCUCACUUCACACGACAAGCGAUACCAUGAAGAAAAUUGUGGUCGACUUUGCGCAACACCAAGACUCCGUUGAGUCUAUCCGUGGAGAAGUCCUCCAACAACUUCAAGCCGAAGGGAUGUCCAAGACGUCGUUCUAUAAAAUGCAAUUACUCGACAGUGCCAUGAAAGAGUCGCAACGCAUGAACCCCCUCGAAACGAUCAUGCUGCGCCGCCUCGUGCAGAAAGAAACACAGCUCUCGAACGGCCUCGUUCUCAAAGAGGGAACCCAGACUUUGGCGGAUACUUCCUAUAUGAGAGAUCCAGUUGUCUAUCAAAAUCCCGAUCGGUGGGACGCAACUCGUUUCCUGAAGCUUCGAUCACAGCCUGGAAUGGAAAGCAUGGCGCAAUUGGAAUCCCCAAGCCUCUACCACCUUGGAUUUGGGUACGGAAAGCAUGCCUGCCCCGGGAGAUUCUUCGCGGUAAAUACUCUCAAAGUCGUCCUAUGCCAUCUAUUAUUAAAAUACGAAUGGAAACUAUCGCCCGGGGUGGACGCCGAUUCCAAAGUGAUCGGAACCGGAAUUGUAGCGAAUCCCGCAAUUAGGGUCUUGAUCCGCCAUAGAGAGAAAGUCGAGUUUGACUUUACUUCGAUUUAAAAUCCCUCAAGUAUAUUUGCGAUACUCGAAUCUGGUCGUUGACAUGGUAGGAGAUUAGAGGAAUAAACGAAACUGUUCGGUUUGAUAUUUUUCGUCGGGGUUGGAUCAGGCAAUGCUACCUUAGUACGUGUGUACUACCUGAAAACGAGAUUGUGUAUUUGGAAUAUUUGGAAGGGAUAGGUUGGGAAUCCUACCGUCGCUACCCAUCAUGCCUUUUCAUAAUCAUA